AUGAAGAAACUACUUGACCUUGCGUCAGAAGUAGGAUUUGACAACAGAUAUGCAGCAGUGACAUAUGCAAGCGGUGCCACGACCGAUUUUAAUUUUGUUGCUAAUCCGGACGCAGGUAUUAAGAUGACGAACGUUCCCUAUAUCUGUUGCAAUACGCUAUUGCAUAUUCAAUUAACCUAAGAUUGUUUAGAUCGUUAUUCCUAAUAUGUGCAAAUUCAUAUUUUGAUCAUUUUGGAUCGAAAGCUUGAAGAGAAUAUAAACAGUUAUAACAGCUUUUUUCUAAAACAAUCUUAAAUCUACGGCACCAUAUGGUAAUGAUCCAAGGUUCUAUUACUCAUUAAGUUGUAAAAUUAUUACCAAAACCAAGCCAGCCUCCAUUUUGAGCAUAAACGGAAAUAUCCUGAAUAAGUCUUUCUCUGAUAGAGGAUGCGAUGUGAUCGGUCAUAUGUUGUGCCGCUAUGUAUUUUAACUAUUGGCUACAUGCUUAGGGGACGCAUUGAAAGUAUUGUAUGCUUUCCAUGAUAACUCUGAGUUAAAAUCAAUUAUAAUGAUGUGUGAUAAACUAGCUUAACCGUUUACGCCUUGACAUUAUUCUUUACACUGUUGUCUUUACGCUUCCAAUGCCGGGUGCUGACAAGGAGAAUUUGUUUGACAAUCUGGAGCUUCUUAAAUUGGCGAUCGUUGCUUUUUAUCAUGACCUUUACAUUUGAUUUAAGGGUGGUACUGGAAGAAGAAAUUUGAACGCAUUCACCCUUUGGGGUUAAAUGACUGUGAUUUUUAGUGAAAAAAAAUAACGAAAUACGUUCACUGCAAAUCCUCUUACUAUAUUCAUUUGCCUUUUUCCAAAAGGAAACAUCCGGGUGUUGUUAA